GGCGGGCCUAUCAGCCAUUGCUAUAAAAAAAGGGCUGGUUGUUGUGUGGAAUGACAUAGAAGACGAAUUGAUGAAUAUUCCCUUUUCCUUCUUUUCUCUCUUCUUCCCCCUUUUCUGUCUCCAAUUGAAGCAAGAACGCUGACCUUGGCCAAGAUGGCAGACAAGGAAGCCACCGUUUUUAUCAUUGACCUCGGCGCGUCCAUGAAAGCUGUCCAUGGAGCGCGGAAAGAGUCUGACCUCGAUUGGAGCAUGAGCUAUGUAUGGGAUAAGAUCUGUAAUGUUGUGGCCUCGAACCGCAAGACGUUGUGUGUUGGCGUUGUGGGACUCAGAACCGACGAGACCAACCACACUCUGGCGGAGGAUGGCUACGAUAACAUCUCCAUCUUGCAGCCGCUGGGCCCAAUGUCCAUGUCCAGCCUGAAAUCUCUCCAGACGAAGAUAAAGCCGAGCAAGACUACUCAAGGCGACGCCAUAUCGGCCAUUGUGAUUGCAGUCGAUAUGAUUGACACCUACACCAAGAAGAAUAAGUGGAAGCGGCAGAUAUAUCUCAUUACAGACGGCCAAGGCGAGAUAGACCCAGACGAUAUUAGUGACAUUGCACGGAAAAUCAAGGACUCAAAUAUUGAGUUGACUGUCCUGGGCGUCGACUUUGAUGCCCCCGACUACGGCUAUAAAGAAGAAGAUAAGCCAUCAGUUAAGAAACAAAAUGAGGCGACUUUAAAAGAACUCGUGGACGGCUGUGGUGAAGACGCUAGAUUCGCCUCCAUUGUCGAAGCUAUUGAUGAUAUGAAUGAGCCACGAGCCAAAUCAGUCAAGCCAUACAAGACAUACGACGGUCCCCUGACUCUGGGAGACCCGAAGAAUGCCCCCGCAGUUGUUGAAAUCCGCGUUGAAAGAUAUUUUAAAACUCAUCUCGCCAGGCCGGUAACAGCCAGUACUGUGGUAGUCAAAGAGGAGCAAGCUGGGCCUUCGCAGGCGGCUGAUGAUGAGCAGAUGGACGGGGUAGAGCUCACAGCUGUUAAACAGACCAGAACGUACAAAGUCAAUGACCCAGAUGCCCCCGGCGGCAAGCGUGAUGUUGAGUUUGAAUCUCUAGCGAAGGGAUACGAAUACGGCAGGACGGCCGUGCACAUUAGCGAAUCUGAUCAUAAUAUUACCAAGUUACAGACGCAGAAAAGCUUCAAGAUCAUUGGCUUCAUACCUAAAGAAAAGUAUGAGCCGCUCCUUAAUCUCGGCGAAUCCUGUGUUACUAUUGCGGCCAAGUACGAUGAGAGAUCGGAACUGGCAUUCAGCUCUCUAGUAUGGGCGUUGUCAGAGCUUGAUUCUUACGCUGUGGCUCGUCUGGUGACAAAAGACGAGAAGGAUCCUAUAAUGGUGCUAUUGAUGCCUUAUAUGGAGCCUAAUUAUGUCUGUCUAUACGACGUACCUCUACCAUUUGCAGAGGAUGUCAGAUCGUACCAGUUCCCUCCUCUAGACAGAGUUGUUACUGUUAGCGGCCAAACAAUUACCAAGCAUCGUCUGUUACCAUCAGAUGAACUCAACCAGGCAAUGAGCGAUUAUGUGGAUGCCAUGGAUAUUUCCAACUAUGGCAUUGACCAAGACGGAGAGCCAGCCGAGUAUGCUACCAUUGAUGAGAUAUAUAACCCUGCAAUACACCGCAUCAAUCAUGCAAUCAAGCAGCGGGCGGUCUAUCCGGAGAAACCCGUGCCAGAAAUACCACCUGUUUUGCUCAGAUUCGCAGCACCUCCCACAGAACUAGUAGAGACUAUACAGGCUACGAUUGAUUCUCUAAUUAAAGCUGCAGACGUGAAGAAAGUGCCACCCAAAGCUAAAGGUAAACGCCAGAGAGAAACUGUUAAACCCAUCUCUGGCCUGGACGUGGACGCUCUGUUGGGAGGAGAGAAGAAGGGAUCAAUCAGCCCUGAGAAUGCAAUUCCCGAUUUCAAACGAGCUCUGAACUCAUCAGAAGAAGUCGAACAGAUUGCUGAUGCGACAAAACAAAUGGGAGCAAUUGUGCAAUCUCUCAUCACGGAUAGCUUUGGAGACAACAAAUACGCACAGGCAAUGGAGAGUAUCGGUGUAAUGAGGGAGGAGCUUGCAAAUCUAGAAGAACCCGGCCAGUACAACGACUUUGUGCGUGACUUGAAGAAGAAUUUGCUCUCUGGAACUCUGGGUGGCGAUCGGCGGGAUUUCUGGUUCAAGAUGCGAUGGGCAAAAUUGGGAUUGAUCAACCAGAGCCAGUCAGAGGCGUCUACGGUUACUCUGGAAGAGGCAGAUGAGUUCUACAAGUCGAGAUGAAGCGCGACGACCGGAAGUGUCAUUUCUUUUAUGUUUCACAGGCACAGGAUAAAUUUGGCAUCAUAUAGGCAGGUGAUGUGUCGAAGGCCGCAAAUAUGUUUUUGUAAAGGGAGAGGGAGAAACACUUGUAUUCUAUGAUUAUGAUGAAGGUUAGAUGGAAGAGCAGUAAAGAGGGCUUAUAUUGCCUCCUGGCUGCAAUAAUGCAACGGCCUGUUUAUUGUUUUAGCUGGCACUACGCCCGGCCUCAAAUCGUACAACCACCGCCAUGUAAUGACUAUAUUUUGAGCAUUUGAGAUUUUGAGCAUUUGUAAAUUUUUUUUUCUAAAUUGAC